ACAUUUCACUAUGCAAUUUCAAUUAACUCUUCUCGAGGGAAACAAAUAUUCAAAGAUGCCAAGAAAUAGCAGUCAAGAAUUGGCAAGAAAGUCCAACCCCAGUUCUGGGUUACAUUAAUUAUCCUGACCUUAAGCAGUCAGAAAAACAGUGCAAAUUUCAAUUGUUUUCUUUUUGGUACUCUCAUAGGAACUAGGAGGGUGCAAAUGUAAUGGCCAUUUUGUUCUUCUGUUUCUUCUCGUUUUGGGUGGAUGUUACUUUAGCCUCUGAUGGUCUUGUGCUCUCUCCCAAAGGAGUUAACUAUGAAGUGGCCGCAUUGAUGGCGGUGAAAAGAGAAAUGAUAGAUGAGCCCAAAGUGAUGGAAGGUUGGGAUAUAAAUUCCGUUGACCCUUGCACUUGGAAAAUGGUUGGCUGCUCUUCUGAAGGCUUUGUCGUUUCCCUUGAAAUGGCAAGCAUGGGAUUAUCAGGGACGCUGCCAGCAAGUAUUGGGAAUUUGAGUCAUCUAAGGAUAAUGCUAAUGCAGAACAAUCAGUUAACUGGUGCCAUCCCAGCAGAGAUAGGAAAGCUUUCAGAGCUUCAGACUUUGGAUCUCUCAGGUAACCAGUUUGCUGGAGAUAUUCCAAGCUCUUUGGGUUUUCUGGCUCAUCUAAGUUACUUGCGGCUCAGCAGAAACAAGUUAUCAGGACAGAUACCUAAACUUGUUGCCAAUCUUACUGGACUUCUAUUUCUGGAUUUAUCAUUUAACAAUCUCAGCGGUCCCACUCCAGAAAUACUAGCAAAACGAUACAGUAUCACAGGGAAUAGGUUUCUUUGUUCUUCCUCGCCUGCACAGAUAUGCAUGGAUCCAAAGCCAGGAAAUGAGACAGUUUCAUUUCAGAAAGCCAGCAAUCACCAUCAUUGGGUGCUUUCUAUCGCUAUAGGAGUCAGUUGCACUUUUGUGAUUUCUGUAAUGCUGCUUGUUUGUUGGGUGCAUUGGUACAGAUCUCGUCUAACAUCACAUGUACAGCAAGAUUAUGAAUUUCAUAUUGGUCAUUUGAAGAGGUUCUCGUUUCGUGAGCUGCAACUUGCUACAGGCAACUUUAGUGCUAAAAAUAUCUUAGGUCAAGGUGGAUUUGGGGUGGUUUACAAGGGAUGUCUUCCAAACAAGAAAUUGGUGGCAGUUAAGAGGCUGAAAGAUCCAAAUUACACUGGAGAAGUUCAGUUUCAAACUGAAGUUGAAAUGAUUGGCUUGGCAUUGCACCGAAACCUCUUACAUUUAUAUGGCUUCUGUAUGACACCUGAUGAGAGGUUGCUAGUGUAUCCAUAUAUGCCAAAUGGCAGCGUUGCUGACCGCUUGAGAGAGACUGGCCGAGAAAAACCAUCAUUGGAUUGGAACAGACGGAUUCACAUUGCCCUUGGGACUGCUCGUGGACUUCUAUACUUGCACGAACAGUGUAAUCCAAAAAUAAUUCACAGAGAUGUAAAAGCAGCGAACAUUUUACUUGACGAAAGUUUUGAAGCUGUAGUUGGAGAUUUUGGUCUCGCUAAGCUAUUAGAUCAAAGAGAUUCACAUGUCACUACUGCAGUUCGGGGUACUGUAGGCCACAUUGCGCCCGAGUAUCUUUCAACAGGACAAUCCUCCGAAAAAACAGAUGUCUUUGGAUUUGGCAUACUACUUUUAGAACUCAUAACAGGGCAAAAAGCAUUAGAUGCUGGAAAUGGUCAGAUUCAGAAAGGAAUGAUUCUUGACUGGGUUAGGACUUUGCAUGAGGAGAAGAGGCUGGAAGUUCUAGCAGAUAGGGAUUUGAAGGGUUGUUUUGAUGCAGUAGAGCUGGAGAAGGCAGUGGAGUUGGCUAUGCAGUGUACUCGAUCACAUCCUAAUCUCCGUCCAAAAAUGUCCGAAAUCUUGAAAGUCCUGGAAGGUCUUGCCGGACAGUCAGGAGCAGAGGAAUCACAAGGUGGAUAUGAGGCAAGGGUUUGCAGUUUCUCAAGGCAUCACAGCGAUGUCCAUGAAGAAUCUUCAAUUAUCAUUGAAGCGAUGGAGCUUUCUGGACCUCGAUGAACAAAAACAAAUGAGGGGACAAUCUCUUUUUCACGGUGGCCUUUAGAAUUAUUCUGUGGGUCUGGUAAGGCUAACAUAACAUAAAUUUUUCUUCUUAGAAAUUUCGUUUAGCAUUAAUUUAUAAAUAACAUUAACAUCAAUAUAGCCUUGUUGGUCUGGAUGACUGGUUGUUAUCCAUCUCUAUAAGGCCCAUAGUUUUUGUUCAUAGUUGCCAACUUGUUUCGUGUGCAACUUGCCUGACACUUACUUGGUUAACUACA